AUGAUGCGCUGUCGAUGUAUUUUCUUGAUAAUUUUUGUCUUUCACGUUACAUUAUUGGUAGGCAAUAAUGCAACAAAACAAUCAUCUGACAUACCUCGUCUACUCAUUAUUUCACUUGAUGGAUUUCGUCAUGAUUAUUUAAAUGAACAUGAAUUACCAACAAUAAAUCGAUUUCGUAAUGAAGGCGUACAUGCAACACAUGGAAUGCGACCUACAUUUACUACACUGACAUUUCCUAAUCAUAUUUCUAUUGCUACAGGAAUGUAUCAAGAAGAACAUGGCAUUGUACAUAUUUCAUUCUUUGAUCGAUUAUUGAAUAAAACUAUUGGAAUGGAUAGUCGUGAUGAGGGACAAUGGUCUGAUCCGAAAGUAGAACCGUUAUGGAUUACAGCAACUAAACAAAAAGUCAAAUCGGCUGUUCUUUUUUGGACGGCAUGUCAUAAUGAAUUUUAUGGUAUUCGUCCACUUAUCUAUAGUUGGUCGUAUAGUGAUAAUAUACCUUUCCGCGAGAAGAUCGAUAAUGCCAUAAGUUAUUUUCGUGAAUUACCAAUUCGACUCGUCAUGGUAUAUCAUUCUGAACCAGAUAAACAAGGUCAUGUAUACGGUCCGAAUUCACCUGAAGUACGUGAUACAUUGUUUCGUCUUGAUAGUGAUAUAGAAUAUUUAUUGACUAAAGUAAAAAGUGAUCUUAAUGAUGAUUUAAAUAUUAUUAUAGUAUCUGAUCAUGGUAUGGCUAAUGUAACAAAAGUGAUAAGACCAUUUUUUGAAAAAUAUCUUAAUCCAGCAUCGGUUGAAACAUCUGUUCUUACUGGUGGUUUAUUCAAUGUGAUGCCACGUAGUGGACUAACUGAACAAGUACGGACUAAUCUUAGUAAGAUUCCUAAUGUAACAGUAUAUAAACGUGAUGAAAUGCCUGAACGGUUUCAUUAUUCGAAACCAGCAAGUCGACUUGGAGAACUUACUGCAUUACCGGAUAUCGAAGGUCAUAUUUUAUCCGAAGCAACAACUAAUGAAUCUGAUCCCUAUAAAGGUAAUCAUGGAUGGGAUAAUACAGUUCCAUCAAUGCAAGCCAUAUUUAUGGCUCGUGGUCCUUCAUUUAAUAAAAAUGUUCAAAUUCGUUCACUCAAUAAUGUUGACAUUUAUCAUAUUGCCUGUCAUAUUCUCAAAAUUAAUCCAAAUCCACAUGCUACCGCUGGCUCCCUUGUCAAUCUGACUAGUCUUUUUCCUCCAAAAGAAACUGUUUCAACAACAACUACAUCUGAAUCAAGCAGUUUGACGACAGAAAUUUUUUUUGAAUGA